GGGCCCGCGGGGUCAGUCGGAGCGCGGCGCCGAGCGGAGCAGGAGGGGAUAGCCGGGACACAGCCGCGCACCAGCACCAGCAGCGCCGAUAGCCACCGUCAGCCGCACCGGAACGAGCGCACCAUGAUAAACACCCAGGACAGUAGUAUUUUACCUUUGAGUAACUGUCCCCAGCUGCAGUGCUGCAGGCACAUCGUUCCAGGGCCUCUGUGGUGCUCCGAUGCCCCUCACCCACUGUCGAAGAUCCCCGGUGGGCGAGGGGGUGGCAGGGAUCCUUCUCUUUCAGCUCUGAUUUAUAAGGAUGAGAAGAUCACUGUUAGCCAAGAUGUCCCAGUGCAUGAAGGGAAGCCUCACAUUGUCCACUUCCAGUACAAGGUCACAGAGGUGAAGACCUCCUCCUGGGAUGCAGUGCUCUCAAACCAGAGCCUCUUUGUGGAAAUCCCUGAUGGAUUAUUAGCUGAUGGAAGCAAAGAAGGGUUGUCAGCACUGCUGGAAUUUGCUGAAGAAAAAAUGAAAGUCAACUAUGUCUUCAUCUGCUUCAGAAAAAGCAGAGAAGAUCGAGCUCCACUCCUGAAGACGUUCAGCUUCUUGGGCUUUGAGAUCGUGCGGCCCGGCCACCCCGCUGUCCCAGCCCGGCCCGACGUGAUGUUCAUGGUGUACCCCCUGGAUCAGAGCUCUUCCUCCGACGAAGAAUAGCUGCAGAGGGCAACUCCAGUGGGACCCUACAUGCUGUGGAGGGGAGAGAGGACCACCUCCUUUCCUGAGGAGAGGGAAGCAGAGCUUCUGUUGGACUGCGAGCGCAUUUCUCAUUGUUAGAUUGGGCUGUGUACCCCCAGAGUUGACUCUCAUUGAAACAUGUUGCCUAGAGAACUAUCUAUCACACAUGUAAUCAUCACUAGGAAAAGGAAGAUGUUUAUGAACUGGCAUAGGAGCUCUUCCCAUGCAGCUGCAUGGUGUGGGAGCCCCGGGGUCGGUACCACCUUGGGGACUCCUCCUGCCCGCCCUGCGUGGGCUCAGCUGGGACACGGCCCCUCCAUGUCCCACUCAAGACCUUACAAACAGCCUGGCUUGGUGUGGGGCACAUGCAGGAGACACUCAAGUUUAUCCUUUAACACUACAUUAAACCCCCCAUACAUCUCCACUCCAAUGCUGGUUUAACUGGUCUAACCUUUUUUUUUUCCCUUUUUUUUUGAAACUUCUUGCUCUUCCAGCUUUUGUUUUACGCAGUCUUAACCCUGUUCCAUGUUCCCACUACACUAUCACAGCAUUCAAUAAAAGGGGCAUUCAGAUGAA